AUGCAUAAUCAGCCAACUAAGCAUUUUACUUAUAGCGAUAUCAUAGAUGGUAAAGUUCAUUACAAGCAUGAUAAUAGCGAAACGACAAUUGAUAACAUUGAUUUAGAGGUUGUGCUUUUAUCACAGCAAGCAAAGCUACUAAAACCAUGGACUACUAUUUGUAAUAUUCCAGUACACAUUAUUCCUGUUAAUGAUCCACCUAAACUAUCAUUUGGAAGUGAUUCUGAAUCUUUAAAAAUAACUGGAAAAUCAAAACUUUUGUUGAAUAGCCAAGUAAUAAGUCUAUGGGAUGCAGAUAGUGAUCCUGACACUGUAAAGGUUACUGUCACCGAUUCCUAUGGAGUCCGUUUAAUGAAUUCAGUUGGAAAAGAAAUAAAGAAGUUUACUCAACGCGAAUUUCUGAAUAACGACGUGUACAUUAUUCAAGAAGGUAUGCAAAAUCAUGGAACUAUGAAACUGGUUGCUGAUGAUGGAGAUCGUGAAUCAAAUGUGAUUGAAUUAACUAUUAAUACUGUUCCUGUUGAAAUACAAUUGAAAGCGAACUCAGGCCUUGAAGUGGUUCAUCAAACAGCAGCUAUCAUUUCUCCAGAAAAUUUAACUUUUACAACCAAUUUUCCGGGAUUACCAGUAGAAUAUACUAUUGUUAAUUUACCGGAAUAUGGCGCCAUAGAAUGCCGCCAAGAAAUGAAAAAUUUUGAGAUCUGUACAAAGUUCACGCAAAAUGAUAUAGAUAGUUCACGUGUGCAAUAUAAACAUUCAAGUGCCGCUCAUUCAACAUUCGACUUUUUCAGUUUUCAAGUCCGAGUGGAUAAUACGACAUCAGUAGUUCACACAUUCCGGAUCACGUUUAUUCCGGUUCAUGUAAAAAUCUUUAAUCGUGUUCCUUUCCUGCUCAACAACACCGAUAAUUUAACUCUCAAGCGUGUAAAUUUGUUUGCUUGGACUUAUCCAAAAAGUUUCCCCACAAAUCAACUUGUUUAUCAUAUCAUUGAACCACCGAAGUUUGGCACACUAUUACGUCGAAUUGAUAAAAGCCGCAAUCGGCGAAUUGGAGUUUCUUCAAACUUUACGCAAAAGCAUAUCGAUAAUGAGGAAAUCAGCUAUAAGAUGCAUUUUAUUCAGCAUUCUGUGAUCAACGAUUUCUUCAUUUUCCGAUUGAUCACACCUUCCGUUACAUCUGAAUCCGUUCGUUUUGAAGUCACUUUCAUUCCAGGCUUUGGUUCCAUACAACUCAUCAACCGAACCGUUAUUGUUGAUGAAGGGGGCAUUCAAAAGAUAACCAACGAGUCACUGUCUUUGCGAACCCCCGAUGAUAAUAGCUUUUUGUUCGUUAUUGGUGCUGCUCCUUCGUACGGUUCCAUAUUACUCAAUAAAUUGGCUAAUGAACAGUAUGAAUUAGCUGAGGGAGAUAAUUUCACUACUUUCGAUGUAAACAAUCAAAAUGUUUUCUAUAAGCAUUGGGAUGGUGAAAAUCGGAUUGACCGAAUAUUAUUGCUAGCUGAAAGUAACUCUCAUCGAGCAAAUCGAAUACCAUUUUGGUUAACUAUCGGAGUAAUUUUGAAGAAUGACAAUAUUCCCAAAUUGACUGGCAGUAAUGUGAUAGAGAUAACAGAACGAGGCGAUCGUAUUUUACACCCUUUUUUACUACCUUGGAAAGAUGAAGAUAUUAAUAGCCCGCCGUUAUUAUUUACUUUCCACGAUACCUUUGAAUAUGCUACCAUUUUAUCCAAACUCUCACCAAAUAUAACAAAAAAAAAUUUUACUCAAAAAGAAAUGAAAAAUGGAGAAAUAAUUAUACGUCAUUUAGGACCAGUAAAAAGAUUAGAAAUGAAAUAUACAGUAUCAGAUGGAGUACAUGAAAUAUCAUCUGAACUGAUUGUCGUUGCAUCUGAACCAUUUCUAGAGGUUAGGAAUAAUAGCAUUAUGAUUUCUUCUACAACUCCAUCAUUACUUUCUACAGUAUUAAUUACAAAACAUAAUCUUUCCGCUGCAACCAACAUUGAUUCAAAAAGAUCUGAUAUUGUCUUUCGAGUAGCGUCAAAAAAUUGGAUUCUCGUUGUCAAUUCAACUGAAAAAUUUGUAAGCAAUUUCACACAAGAGGAUAUUGACGAAGGACGAAUAUUUUAUCGUGUUAAUCCAUUUAUUGAGGGAAGUAUGGACGAAGAGAUUUUAAUCACAGUUAUCACUGCAAAGAAUUUAAGUUUGAUAGAAAAUUUUAAAAUCUCAAGAAAUUAUUUGGAUAAAAAAACAAGUGUCUUAGAAUUAAUCACAUUAAAACUUUUAAUUGUUCCACUUUCGUCAAUUUCACCGAUUGAUAAAAGUAUACUUCUGGCAAAAGCUUUAAAUAAGGAACCUACCGAAAUUAUCUUCGAUGUAAUCAAGCAACCAACUCAUGGAUCAUUAAUUCUGGAAACAGUAAAAGCAGCAAAUAAUGGACUAACAGUAAUGCCAAGCAGUUUUUUCGUUUCACGUUUUACUCAAGCACACGUGAAUGCAAAACAAAUUCAGUACUUACACAAUGACGUGUUACCAGUCCGUGAUUCAAUCGUAUUUAACGUUUCAGUAGAAGAUCAAAUGAUCGGACCUUUCACACUAUUUAUCAAAGUUGUAGACGAUGAAAUAGAUCUAUCAGUAUCAAAUAUGACUGUCACUUUUGGAUUAAGUAAAGUAAUUAACAACGCUAUUCUACGCGCAACAACUACUAGUGAUAACGAAAGUGAAUUCCGCAUUUUUUCGAAUCCCGAAUUUGGUUGGAUUGUUCGAGACAGUUGGAAUUUAGCCAAUAUCAGUUCAAUUAGACAAUUUAAUAACCAAGAAUUACGUGAUUUACGAGUUCAUUACGUAAACGACCCAAAAAGUCGACAACAAUUGGAUAGUUUUACUGUAGCAGCCUGUACAAUAGGGACGUUAAGAUGUACUGAACCGAAACAAGUCUUUGUUAUGAUAAAAUACCAAAAUUUUCAUGAACCUGAAUUGUUACGUAAUGAAGUAUUGAAAAUGUGGAAUACAUCUAAAGCUCGUAUUACCAAACAGCAUUUAUUUUCACAGGAUGAUGACACAUCAGCUCAACAAAUACGAUAUAUUAUUAAUCAACCUUUAAAUGGUUAUAUUGCCCGCAUAAAUAAUCCUUUGGAGUCAAUAGCAAAUUUUUCUCAAGCAGAAAUCAGUGAUUCUCAAAUAGUUUUUAUAAAAAAUAAAGGAUCUACGUCUGCUGGUGGUUUUUCAUUCCUUGUAAGCGAUGGCUUGCACCAAAUUGGUCCUGAAUGGUUUACAAUUGAUAUUUCACCAGAAAUGAAAGCUGGAAUUCAGACAAAUAAUCGUUUAGUAAUUCCACCUGGUCAAUUUCCAGUUAUCAUCAGCUCUGAUUUACUAAAAGCUCAAUUACCAAAUGCAAGUUUAUUUGUAAAACCUCAUGAAAUCACUUAUUCAGUGUCAAAAAUUCCACGAUAUGGACAUUUACUACUCUCAGGCAUACCUACUCAAAAAUUUACUCAAGAAGAUAUCAAUAAUCGACGAUUGGUAUAUAAACUGGACAUUGGAUUCUUAGAUGAAUGGACUAAACGUGAUAUGUUUUUAUUCAAAAUCUUCAUUGAAAAUGAUACUUUUGAUGAGUCGACUGUAAUUGAUGAACAUCGUUUUAAAAUAUCAAUCACAUAUGCGGCAUUACCCUCAAAUCGCAUUCAUGAAUUUGUACAACUUGAAAAUAUUACAGUAACGAAUGGUGGAAGUUUGGCAAUCAAUAAAUCUCACAUAAAUAUGAAGUUUAUAUGGAAAAACUUUAGAGACGAACUGCUGGUAAAUUUUCCACGUAAACCACGUUAUGGACAUCUGGAUCUAUUGAAUAGAAUUGCUAAUCACACGGAUUUGAUGAAACUUACACAAUUGUUAAGUGGCCGAUCAUUAAUUUAUCGUCAUCAGAAAAGUAAUAUGGCAUUAACAGAUGAAAUAUUUAUCAAUAUCUUACCAAGAAAUGAUGCAAGUCGUCGAACAAAUCGUUUACGAAUUGAAGCAUUUCCUGAUCGGAUUAACUUAGUUACUGGAAAGGAUUACCUGUUGUCUUCAAACAUUUUCCGCUUAACCCACCCAGAAAUAAAGCCAUCUAAUUUGGAAUAUCGACUAAUACAGGUUAAUAAAAAUCUUCUCUUCAAUCGACCUCAACUUACUGUCCCGCGAAUUUAA